UCAGAAGAAAUAUGUUUGCACCCGUUGUUCAGCUCUUUACGAGUCUCCAAACCCACUUAAGCUCCACAUGACCCUUGGUUGUGGAAAACUGGCUAUAUCAACCCUGUGGAGAAGACUUUCUACUGCCAUGCAUGAAACCAGUUACAGUGUCCCUAGAGAGGAGAUAUUCAACUUCCAACUGUCCGCUGGCCAACAAAUUGUCAAGCAAAAAACAGCCAUGGACUUGACCGUCACUAACGCAAACCUUGCUGAAAAUAGGCUUUACAGACCAUACGAACCUUCAGCGUUCAAACCCUUCAAAAAGGAAGAAACAGACUUUCCGCUCCCCCAGCCGCACCUCACACCUCCCUCAACGAUCGUGCCUAUGUGUUACGACCCUUGCUUACAUCUUCAGCAGCCUGUUUACAACGAUGAGGCCCAAAUCGAGACGUUGGUGAGCAGUUUGGGGAAAUCCAGACAGGGCCAUAUCUGCCUCUACUGUGGGAAGUGUUACUCGAGGAAAUAUGGAUUGAAAAUUCAUAUAAGGACACACACUGGGUAUAAACCGUUGAGAUGCAAGUUUUGCAGCCGACCUUUCGGAGACCCCAGCAAUCUCAAUAAGCAUGUUAGGUUACAUGCAGAGGGGAAUACACCUUACAAGUGA